GCUCAAAACUCUUCCGCCUUCAAAGUCUUCCCCCAGUAACUCUUCACUCCCCUCUCUCUCUCUCUCUCUCUCUCUCUCUCUCUCUCAUACACGCUUACUCUCUUCCCCCCUCCCUUCCCCACAACACACACACACACACACACACCAUCCUGAACGACGACCUGCACAACAACAACAACAACAAACAACAAACAACCGGACGCAGUCUAAGUACUAUGGGAAUUCAAAGCGGAGAGAGCCUUAGGGGCUUUGGAGGUGGAUGGAGCGUCGCUGCUAAGCCAUGUGACUCCUGCAAAUCGGCGGCUGCGUCUGUCUUCUGCCGACCAGACUCGGCUUUCCUCUGCCUCGCCUGCGACGCUAAGAUUCAUUGCGCCAACAAGCUGGCUUCGCGCCAUGAGCGAGUGUGGAUAUGCGAAGUCUGCGAGCAAGCUCCAGCUGCUGUUACUUGCAAAGCUGACGCCGCAGCUCUCUGCGUCACGUGCGAUGCUGAUAUCCACUCCGCUAAUCCUCUGGCUCGACGCCACGAGCGCGUUCCCGUAGAGCCUUUCCUCGACUCCGCCGAUUCCAUCGUUAAAUCUUCUGCUAUCAACUUUCUCUCAUCCAACGGCGCAGGCUCCGAUGAUACCGGUGGUGGAGCGUGUCGCCAUGAGGAAGCCGAAGCCGCGUCUUGGAUCCUCCCCAACCCAAAUUUCAGUUCGAAGCUUAUGGAUGGACCUGAUGUUAAGUCCUCUGGAGAGCUGUUCUUUUCCGAAAUGGAUUCGUUUCUGGACUUCGAUUACCCGAAUCCGGUCCAUCACAGUUCGGGUACGGAUAGCGUCGUACCUGUUCAAACCAAACCGUUUGCUCCGCCUUCAGUAAUCAAUCAAUCAUCGGAAAAUUGCUUCGACAUCGAUUUUUGCAGAUCUAAGCUCUCUUCUUUCAACUAUCCCGCACAGUCUCUAAGUCAAAGCGUUUCGUCGUCGUCCUUAGAUGUUGGAGUGGUUCCAGACGGGAAUUCGAUGUCCGAUACAUCGUAUUCGUUCGGUGCGAACGUGAACCACAACGGUGCCGAUCCCAGCGUUUCGGUCUGCGCGACCGCCGCACAAGCAACUCAGCUCUGUGGGAUCGAUCGGGAGGCCAGGGUAUUGAGGUACAGAGAGAAGAGGAAGAACCGGAAGUUCGAGAAAACCAUUCGCUACGCUUCGAGGAAAGCCUACGCCGAAACCCGUCCAAGAAUCAAAGGCCGGUUCGCAAAGAGGACCGAAAUCGAUACCGAUGUCGAUCGCAUCUACGGAGCCCCUGCGGCUUUCAUUGACUCUCAAUACGGCGUCGUUCCUACGUUUUGAUUUCGAAUGAUGAGAAAAAAAUAAAUUAAAAAAAAAAAGAAAAACAAAAAUAGAAAUUAGAUGCCCAGAGUUUAGUUGGGUUGUAAUUUCUCAUCACAAAUCCUGUACUUCUCUUAGUAAUGAUUCUUGUUUUGCGACUAGAAUAAUCGUACGGUGUUGGAAGUAUAGGGAAGUGUUAAUUAUGAUAAUUGUGUAAAUUAGUGGUUUUUUUUUUUUAAGUGAUGUAAUUUUUCCCUUUGAUCGGUGUAGUUUUUAGCCGUGAAUCUGCAGGAGCAUGAUGUGGAGCCGAAGCACCUGAAUGUAUCCUCAUCUCCUGCCCAAAGCCUAUCUACUUUUUUUUUGUUUUUCCUAAGUAUUAUUCAGCUUUUCCAGGGCUCAUGUAAACUCUUUUUCCUAUGCAAGUGAAACUCUUUUUUCUUCCCUCUUA